UAAGAAACACCAUGAAAUGACUGGAAAUGGUUAAAAGUUACUUAUUUUUUUACUGAAGGUCAAAAAACAAGCUUUUAAACAGCUCUGCAGGUCGCCAGUAAAUGUCUAAUCCCAGUUACACCCCCUGUAGUGAAGUGCUGGGCUGUGAGAAGCGGAAGCAUCACAGCCUCAUAUAAAGCAUGGAGUGUGCACAAGUAUUCACAAAGGACUGAAGACCAUCAGUUCAGAGACGCUGCCUGCUUAAUGCACAGAGAAAUGGCUGUGAAGACCUUGGCAGUGUGGCUGCUCCUCAUGGGGAUUUUGGUGCCUCAGCAUUCCUGUCAGCACUGGUCCUACGGCCUGAGCCCAGGAGGGAAGAGGGAACUGGACAGUCUUUCACAAAGUCUGGGCAAUGUAGUUGAGGAGUUUCCUCGUGUGGACCCACCUUGCAGUGUUCUGGGUGGUGCAGAGGAAUCACCUUUAGCCGGAAUCUACAGAAUGAAAGGAUUCCUUGGAAGCAUCACUGACAGGGGGAACGGACGCAGAACUUAUAAGAAAUGAUGAUUACUGUAUUAUUAAAUAAAUAAUUACAAU